ACGAUCUGUGUUAUCUGAAUAUGUUGAUUUAGUAGUGUAGUUAUAACGUUAGUCUCCUAACUAAGAUUAUUUUCUGUAUUUGCUUAAGUUUGUUUUAAAUGAAUACAUAUGGCACGGACUUUGACUUCGCUGGGUGUUGCGAGGAAUUACAAUGUGAACUUACUGAGGCAAAGGGCAGUUUGGAUAUAAUUAAUGACAGCCUUAAGAAAUUUGUUGGUCGGCCAAGAGAUAUUGGAGCUGGAAAAUCUCUUAGUACCGACGACUUAAAGGCUGGUUGUCAAAAAUACCUGAAUGAAGGAAAGCAGAAAAGAUCUUAUGAAGGGAAGUCAGUGUUUAGACGCUUGUCAAUUCCAAACGAAAGAAAUAAACCUACAAUAAGUUCACGAAUUAUAAGGGAACUGCCGUCGCGGGAGCAAGUAUUGGAAGCACAGUGUUCUGAUUCAGAAUCGAGAGCAAGAAAUCGACGAAUGUUUGGCUCCCUGCUUGGAACUCUGCAUAAAUUUUGUCAAGAAGAAUCGCGCUUAAAAAUAAAGGAAGAAAAAAGGGCACUUAUUGAAAAGAAGUUAGAAGAUCAACAACUUCUUGAACGGGAGACAUUAAGAAAAGAACGUGACCUACUCUUGAUGGACCGACAAAUAAAACAUUCUAAAAUAAAAUCAUUAGAAUGGAAGUUAAACCGCAUGAAGGAUUUUGCUGUAUUAGAAAAAUCAGUUACAAAUUCUAAAAAUUGUAUUAGAACGAAAACGAAACCUUUCAUUUAUUUUUGCCCUAGUCAGCUCUCCAAGAAAACUGAAAAACUUUUAAGUUGUACUAGAGACACUUUACAUGCAGAAAUAAAAAAACGAAGAUUGGCGCUAAAUUUGGAAUUGAAAGAACUUGAACUUGACAGUGAACCUGAUACGUUUCCGAAAGAUGAUUUCAAAACAAAUGAUUUUCGUUCAGAGUCUUGCAACUUUACGUCAGUUAAGUCACAUGUAAUUCAAGGAAAACUGGAGUUCAAAGAAAAUGAGUCGAGGAAUUUAAACGAACCAACAGUAAGCAGCAGCAUAAUUGUUAUUAAAAAAAAAUAGUUUUAAAGGGAUUAAAAAGUAAAAUUAAUAAAAAAAAAUACCAUUUUGGCCAAACCAAAUCUUGUUGAUUGCCUUCAAAAAUAAAUAUCUGAAGAUAAUUAUCUAUUUUCCUUGUUGCUGGUGUAAUUGCCUUAUCUAUAGCCAAUUUGCUGCGUCAAUUUGGUCGCCAUUACCAAGAUUGAAAAGAAGG